AUUAAAGGGUGAUCUUUAUCAAAUCCCAAUACCAUGAACAUUCUUUUGAGUACAUAGUUCAGGGAUGAUUUAUCCAUCAGAUGUCGAAAGCCGUUACCGCUGAGUGGCAGCAUCUGAGGAGCUGUAGCAGAUUACUGGCUAGCUUCUUGAUUCUUUUAAGCACUUCCUCGCCAACAAAAGCUCAACGCAAUAGCCUCGAUCUGGCGCAGAGCAUCAGUGCAUCCUUGAAGCUUCGCACUGCUCUGGAUUUACCUUUAGCUGAACCAAAUUCAGACAAGCUUGCUGUUGAUCGAGGAAGUCCCGUAUAUCUCAAUUUGGAAGAUAGGCUCUUCUUUGAUAAGGACAAAAGGGACAUCAACUCCAGUGUGCAGGAGCUCCUAGCGGUGUUCAGGGAGCUAGACGACUUCCUGGGACCUGGUGAUAUUUGGCUGCAUGGGCACAGGAGGGACCAGGCUGCAUUGCGGGUGGAGGAUGGCUGGGCAGGAGCAGGCUGGGCCAAUGACACAUCCGAGGACACGCUGCUGCGCAGCGGAAUGGCCGCCUUCCUGCUGGCAGCGCUGGCGUCCAGCGGCGUUGCCUCUCCGCUGGUGCACCGCGACAACGCCUUUGCAGUGCAUGCGCUGAGGCAGGCGAUGGAAGCCACGGACCUCGGAGCCCAAAUGGCGCUUGCCGACCGGUACUUCCACGGCCGCGGCGUCGCGCAGAACUGCACCGAGGGCAUGCGGCUGGCGAGGAACGCGGCGGAGGUGCUGUUGGAAGAGGCAGAGGCGGCCGGGAACGCGGGGAUGCCGCCGAUGGAGGCUCCGCUGCUGCGGCAUCGGCUGAGGGACGGCAGCUACCCAUGGAAGUUCUGGGACAGAGCUGCAGAGGCGGCGGAGCUCGACGAUGCAGCAGGGGGUGGAGAGGGCAUUCUGGGAGCGCUGGGAUUGAUGGGCCUGGGCGGACUUGGGGGCCCCAGGGGGCCCCAGGAGGCGCCGCAGAAUGUGCAGGCGCGUGCGGCAGGGGGCGAUCCCUUUGCAAUGGUUGAGCUCGGCAACUGGCUCGUCAAUGGCGACAGGGUGCCGCAGAAUUAUGAGCAGGCCCUGGUGCUGUAUCAAGCAGCCGCUGAAUUGGGGGAUCCUGCCGGUCUCAUGGCUCUGGGUUACAUGCACAUGCAUGGCUUUGGGACACCCAGGAACACAUCUGCAGCCAUCGAUUUUUAUGAAGGAGCGGCGCUCAUGGGAUACCCAGAUGCUUGCUACAACCUGGGCAGCCUCUACGGUGGGCUGUUUGAGGGUGUGGCUCUCGAGAAGAUUAAUCUGACACUUUCGGAGGAGAAGUACCAAUGCGCCUACACCGGGAACCACUACAAAGCUCCUUACAUGCUGGCGCUGAUUCAUGAGGCGGGGCUGGGGGUGCCACGGAACUGCACCAAGGCGGCGCGGUACAUGAGGGUGGUCCUGGCCGAGCGCAGCGACUGGAGCGCCACCAUUGAAACCGCUGUGAAGGCUCACGACGAAGGGGAUCAUUGGAAGGCGCUGGUAAUGCUGGCAAUGGCGGCGGAGCAGGGCAGUCCAAUUGCGAUGCACAACGCGGCGUUCCUGCUGCGGCGCGGCCGCGGCUACAGGGGUGCGGAUGCCAACGCGAUGGCGCUGGACCUGCUGCUGCGCGCGGGCGCCAUCGAGCACCAGUACGGCGACGGCCUCGUCGACGCCGCUGAAGUCAUCUUCCACGGGGACAGGUACGGGAUCCCGGGGGGCGCGAAUCACAGCAGGGCGCUGGUGUUGUAUGAGGAGGCGGCCGAGCGGGGGGACAUAGAGGGCAUGACAGCGCUGGCAUGGAUGCACGCGACCGGCUGCGGCACCCGCGUCAAUGCCAGCCGCGCUCUCGAGCUGUACUGGAACGCUGUCGAACGCGCGCCGGACUCCGCCCAUAGGGCAGCGCCACUGCUGGCCUUCUGCUGGCUGCGCGCGAGGGUGGUCUUCGGGUGGGGGCCUGGCGGGGGCCCCGGCGGGGGGUCCGACGGGGGGGUCCGCCAGGACUUCACUAACAUCUGCGUGCUGCUGGGCGCGCUGUGGAUUGUCAUGUGGCUUCGGCGGAGUCGCUCGCGGAACGCGGCUGCGAGGAGACGGUGA